AUGGCAAUUCUCGCGCUCCCGCUAGUCAUAUCCGUUUUAAAACCCCAAAACAUCCGCCUCUUCCUCUUCCGCUCCUCCGCCGCCGCUGUCGGAAGGCCAAACGCUAAGUGCUUCUUUCUCAAUCGCCACCGCCACUUCACUAAAACAACUGUCUCCGCCAUUGGCACCAAUUCUUCAAUUCAACAACAUUCUUCAACUAACCCUAACAAUGAGCCUCAAAACACCUCCAUCCCUACAUUUCAACAAGCAAUUCAGCGUCUCCAGAAAUAUUGGGCUUCAGUUGGAUGUGCAGUGAUGCAGUGUAGCAAUACUGAGGUUGGAGCCGGGACUAUGAAUCCUCUUACAUUCUUAAGAGUUCUUGGUCCUGAACCUUGGAAUGUGGCGUAUGUGGAGCCUAGUAUUCGCCCAGAUGAUAGUCGUUAUGGGGAAAACCCAAACAGACUACAGCGUCACAUGCAGUUUCAGGUUAUACUAAAACCUGAUCCUGGAAAUUCACAAGAACUCUUUAUUCGAAGCCUCUCUGCUUUAGGUAUUAAUGUUAAUGAACAUGAUAUACGAUUUGUGGAGGAUAAUUGGGAGAGCCCGGUACUAGGUGCUUGGGGUUUGGGCUGGGAAAUCUGGAUGGAUGGGAUGGAGAUCACUCAAUUCACCUACUUUCAGCAGGCUGGAAGUCUUCAACUGUCUCCCAUAUCUGUUGAAAUCACUUAUGGUCUUGAGCGCAUCCUCAUGUUGCUUCAGGGAGUUGACCAUUUUAAGAAAAUUCGAUAUGCUGAUGGCAUUACAUAUGGGGAGUUGUUCUUGGAAAAUGAGUAA